CGAUCACAACCUAUUUACCAAAAUGGCACUCUCCACCACCAACUCUCUCCUCCCCACCAAAUCCUUCCAAAUGCAAUCUCUCCCACCACCACUCAAAUCUUUUCCGACCACCACACCCACCGCCACCAGACUCAUCCAACCAAUCUUCGCCGUCCAUUCACCCGACCCAUCGAAAACCCCCGUGGACAAGUCAUCAUCUUCAUCAAAACCCUCCUCCCCUGCCACCGCCGCCACCUCCUCCACCACCUCUCCGACGCUCACCGCAACCACAAAAACUUCAGAUUCCAAAUCUCCUAAACAAUGGUCCAUCGACAGCUGGAGAACCAAAAAGGCACUUCAACUUCCCGAAUACCCAGAUCAAGUCGAGCUCGAUUCGGUCCUCCAGACCCUCGAUUCCUUCCCGCCGAUUGUGUUCGCCGGAGAAGCUCGCCACCUUGAGGAACGCCUUGGUGAGGCUGCUAUGGGGAAUGCCUUUCUUUUGCAAGGUGGUGAUUGUGCUGAGAGUUUCAAGGAGUUUAAUGCCAACAAUAUUCGUGAUACUUUCAGAGUGAUUCUUCAAAUGGGUGCUGUCUUGAUGUUUGGUGGUCAAAUGCCUGUCAUCAAGGUGGGAAGAAUGGCUGGUCAGUUUGCAAAGCCCAGAUCAGACUCUUUUGAGGAGAAAGAUGGUGUGAAGCUACCAAGKUACAGAGGAGAUAAUGUAAAUGGUGAUGCAUUUGAUUUGAAAUCAAGAACACCAGACCCUCAAAGAUUGAUCAGAGCAUACUGCCAAUCAGCGGCCACUCUUAAUCUCUUGAGGGCUUUCGCCACCGGAGGUUAUGCCGCUAUGCAGAGAGUUACUCAAUGGAAUCUUGAUUUCACCGAGCAGAGCGAACAGGGUGAUAGGUAUCUUGAGCUAGCUAGCCGAGUUGAUGAGGCACUUGGGUUCAUGUCGGCUGUCGGACUUACAGUGGACCACCCUAUCAUGACCACCACUGAUUUCUGGACAUCCCAUGAGUGCUUACACUUGCCAUAUGAGCAAUCUCUCACUAGGUUGGAUUCAACUUCUAGCUUAUACUAUGAUUGUUYGGCUCAUUUCCUCUGGGCCGGUGAGCGAACUCGCCAGCUUGAUGGUGCACAUGUUGAGUUCCUUAGAGGAAUCGCAAACCCACUUGGAAUUAAGGUGAGUGACAAGAUGGAUCCGAAUGAGUUGGUGAAGCUUAUCGACAUCUUAAACCCUCAAAACAAGCCGGGGAGGAUUACAAUCAUAACAAGAAUGGGAGCGGAGAACAUGAGGGUCAAACUUCCGCAUCUUAUUAGAGCGGUUAGAAGGGCUGGUCAAAUCGUGACGUGGGUCAGCGAUCCUAUGCAUGGCAACACUAUUAAGGCUCCAUCAGGACUCAAAACUCGCCCCUUUGAUGCUAUCAGGGCGGAAGUGAGAGCGUUCUUUGAUGUGCACGAGCAAGAAGGAAGCCACCCUGGAGGAGUUCAUCUUGAAAUGACGGGGCAAAAUGUGACGGAAUGCAUUGGUGGUUCAAGAACGGUGACUUUUGACGACCUUGGGUCACGGUACCACACUCACUGCGACCCUAGACUGAACGCGAGCCAAUCGCUAGAGCUUGCAUUCAUCAUUGCGGAGCGGCUCAGAAAGAGGAGAAUGGGGGUGAAACAAUCUUUGGCUCUCUGAGACACCAUGAAGGACUUGCUUGUGGUUGAGUUAUGUUAUGAAAGUUUGCUUGUUUUGAGUUGAGGGGUUUUGUGUUGUAUUUGUAUACUGGAAGAAGGUGAAGGUGUUUUUGAGAGUUUGGAAAUGAUGAGAAAGUGAAAUGAUAAGUUAUGUAUGAUCUGAUCUGAUACAACAUAUAUCAUGAAAAGUUGCUAUGGACUGUGUUUUUAUUUGGGUUGUUCA